GAGAACGUUAGAGUAAAAGUGUUCUGUGAUUUAAACACUGGUUAGAAUUUAGAAAUCUCGUUACAGUAAAAAUAUUAUUUGUUAAAGCCACACGCCAUAUCACAAAAAUUGAAUUGAAUUAUUUGUUAGAAACAUAAAUAAAUAGAAUCCGUCUAAUUGCGCUGUUUGGAUUUUAAAAUUUGCAUGGACUGAACGCUUACUUGAUAUGCUUAUAAAGUGUAACUAGUAUAAACUAAAAAUGUUUUCAACAAGUUCUCAAAGAGAAUUUUGGACCUUCAGUGAUGAAAGUGUAUUGGCACUGCACAGAGAGAAGCACAAUAUUGGAUUCAUAACAAAACAUGGUCAACAUAUAGAUGAAAAUCAGAGAUAUAACUUCUUUUUAUCUCCUGAGGAGGAGCGAUUAUUAUUAAGAAAUUAUGAACUACAUUUGAAAGAGUUCUGUAGAAGAUUUCAACCACCUAUGCCAAAAGGAGUCACCGGUACUGCAUUUCAAUAUUUCAAACGAUUUUAUCUGUAUAACUCUACUAUGGAUUAUCAUCCAAAGGAAAUUCUUGCUACAUGUGUUUAUCUGGCUUGUAAAGUAGAGGAAUUUAAUGUGUCUAUUAGCCAGUUUGUGGCCAAUAUUAAAGGUGACAGAGAAAAGGCUUCUGACAUAAUACUUAAUAAUGAGCUAUUGUUAAUGCAACAGUUGAACUAUCAUUUGACAAUACAUAAUCCGUUUCGACCUGUUGAGGGUUUUCUUAUUGAUAUAAAAACAAGAUGUUCACUCUCUAAUCCAGAACGCCUUAGAACAGGUAUUGAUGAAUUUUUAGAAAAAGUGUUUUUGACAGAUGCUUGCCUUUUAUAUGCACCAUCACAGAUUGCACUUGCAGCAGUUCUGCAUGCUGCAAGUAAAGAGCAAGAAAACUUGGAUAGCUAUGUAACUGACAUGUUAUUUAAAGAUGCAGGUUCUGAUAAGUUGGCUGUUCUUAUAGAAGCUGUGAGAAAAAUACGAUCAAUGGUUAAAAUGGUUGAAGGUCCAGCUAGAGAAAGGGUUAGAGCUAUUGACAAGAAGUUAGAUAGGUGUCGGAACCAAGAGAAUAAUCCAGACAGUGACAUAUAUAAGCAGAGAAUGAGGGAAGCCUUGAUGGACGAUGAUAUAACUUAUACUGGGACAAGUAGGAUGUCCUUGGAUACAAGUGGGGUUACACAGGUUUUGUCCCCAUCUGCCUCAUAACCGUAUCUCUAUCUAAAAAUAUUAAAUUUAAGUUUUAACCAUUAUAUAAAUUAGCUAAUAUGACAAAAAUUCUAUUGACAUUGAAAUUAAAAUAUUUUUACUUUU